AUGGAGCUUACCCGCUUCCUUCUCCAUAGCCUGGCUUUGAACGGCCUUAGUGGGUUAUGUGCAGCCCAGAAAUGGACCUAUGAUCUCCCACCCGAGGAAUCAGCCGCUCUGGAAGCAGUCGUUGAAGAUGAUCCCAACGAUGUUGUUCACCUCAUGAAGAGCGACGAAAGCCCCUUGUACCCUCUCAUCUAUCGUAACGCUCUCCCAAUCCCACCCGUCAAGAAGCCCUUGAAGAUCAUCAAGAACCCCGUGACUGGGAAAGAUAUCUGGUACUUUGAAAUCGAGAUUCGAUCAUUCACCAAGUCUGUGUACCCGAACCUCCGGGAUGCCACCUUCACUGGCUAUGACGGUAUGGCGCCUGGACCUACCAUCAUGGUCCCCAAGGGCACUGAGUCUAUCGUACGCUUCAUCAACAAUGCUGCACAUGAAAACUCAGUCCACCUGCACGGCUCUUACUCCCGAGCUCCCUUCGACGGGUGGGCCGAGGAUAUCACACAACCAGGAGAGUACAAGGACUACUACUAUCCCAAUGGACAGUCUGCCCGUCUCCAAUGGUAUCAUGACCAUGCCAUGCAUCUGACUGCUGAGAAUGCGUACAUGGGCCAAGCAGGAGCCUACAUCCUCACCGAUCCGGCUGAAGAGUCGCUGGGCUUGCCCUCUGGAUAUGGUGUGUACGACAUUCCAUUGAUCUUGAGCUCAAAACAGUACAACGAGGAUGGUUCAGUCUUCUCCACAGCCGGCGAAAAGGACAGCCUUUGGGGAGACGUCAUUGAAGUCAACGGUCAGCCAUGGCCUUCUCUGAAGGUUGAACCACGCAAGUACCGGUUCCGUUUCUUGAACGCCGCCAUCUCUCGCUCAUUUGCAUUGUACUUUGUCAACUCUAAUGCACUCAAUUCCCGGCUUGGCUUCCAAGUUAUCGGAUCUGAUACUGGACUGUUGAGCAAGCCUGUUCAAGCCUCAGACAUUUACGUGUCCAUGGCUGAACGCUAUGAGAUCGUUUUCGACUUUUCCAAGUAUGCCGGCCAGACACUCGAGUUACGGAACCUCGAAAAAGUCGGCAGCAUUGGCACGGAUGACGACUAUGAGAACACAGACAAGGUUAUGCGUUUCGUCGUGAGCUCCGACACUGUUGAGGACAACUCGACAGUGCCCGAAAAGCUCAGGGAUAUCUCCUUCGCCAGGCCGGAAAGCAACGAGAUCAACCAUCAUUUCCGCUUCCACCGCACCAAUGGCGAGUGGCGCAUCAACGGCGUUGGGUUUGCCGAUGCUGCCAACCGUGUUCUGGCCAAGGUCCCCCGCGGCACUGUCGAGAUCUGGGAGCUCGAGAACAGCUCUGGAGGCUGGACCCAUCCCAUCCACGUCCAUCUCGUCGACUUCUUGGUUCUUGACCGCGAAGGCAGGCGUGGAGUCAUGCCCUAUGAGAGCGCCGGACUCAAGGACGUCGUGUGGCUGGGCAAGGGUGAAACGGUCCGCGUUGCCGCUGUCUACGCCCCCUUCGACGGAUUGUACAUGUUUCAUUGCCAUAACUUGAUCCAUGAAGACAGCGACAUGAUGGCUGCCUUCAACGUCACGUCGCUCGAUGACUUUGGCUACAAUAGCACGCAAUUCCUGGACCCCAUGCAGAAAGAGUGGCGUCCCAAGCCCUAUGAGCUCUCUGACGUCAAGGAAAGAACAGGGCCCUUCUCAGACGAGGCCAUUGUGGAAACUGUCGAGGGUAUGGCGCGUGCUAAUCCUUAUGGAGAUGUCGAUGCAGUGGAGGAGGCUCUGAAGGAAUACUGGGCCAAGAAGAACGCAGCCAAGAGGGACACGGAGUCCGGGUCUAUCCCCCGAUACCACCGAUUCCAGCUCUAA